AUGUUAAGAGCUACAAGAAGUGAAAGAGAUUCUUCGCCACCUAAACCAACAGCAACAGCAACAGCAGCAACAGGACGUUACGUAAAAAGACAACUUAAUAUUCCAGAAGAGUGGAAUUGGUUAGAACAAGGAUUUUUUACACCAUCUUGGGAUCAACAAAAUUGUGGAUCUUGUUAUGCAUUUAGCAUAGCCUCAAGUGCUCAGGGUCAAUUUUUUAGAAAAACUGGAAAAUUACGUGAUUUGAGCGUUCAACAAAUUGUCGAUUGCAGUGUUACAAAUGGUAAUUUAGGAUGUUAUGGAGGUUCUUUAAGAAAUUCAUUGAAAUAUUGCAUGAAAGUUGGAGGUUUAAUGUCAGCAAAUGAAUAUCCAUAUUCAGCAAGGCAAAAAAUAUGUAAAUAUCGACCGUGGAACAGAUCAGUAAACGUAACUUCUUAUGUAAUAUUACCCGAAUACGAUGAAGAAGCAAUACAAGAAGCUGUUGCCACAGUGGGACCCGUUGCUUGUUCGGUAGAUGCUAGUCCUUACACUCGAGGAAUAUACGAUGAUCCAAAUUGUUCACAUACAAAAGUAAAUCAUGCAAUGCUUAUUGUCGGAUAUACAAAAGAUGCUUGGAUAUUAAAAAAUUGGUGGGGAGAACAUUGGGGUAUCGAUGGAUAUAUGUUUCUUAAAAAGGGUGUAAAUCAAUGUGCCAUUGCUAAAUAUGCUGGUUAUCCUGUUGUUGAUCAACCGCCAUUUUCCCCUUCGGGAGAAUUUCCACCUCCUCCUACUUUUUAA